UGUCAGGGUAUUGUUACCAGGAAGUGGGUCGGGUUAUUUAUAUUUCAACGCCCGUCCCCUUGUCCCCGUGAGAGAAACAGUGUUAGCAACCCGAAACUAAAUAUUCAAGCGUUGUCUGGUUCUGGUUGACUGAGCCAGGUGAAAAACAAUUGGGUUCAACUUUAUUUGCAAGAGGAUGCAAUAGAAAAAAAUUAAAUGUAUGUAGAGAGUUUGAGAGAGCUUGAGUUGACCCUAGGGGAGAUCCAGUGUCGGCAGAGGAGCCAGUAUGAAGCUCCAUGAGAAGAUUCUGACCCAUUUCCUAUCAUGUACCUCUCCAGUGGAUAAGGAGGGAUAUCUCUACAAAAAGGAGAGAAAUGCGACUUAUUAUCGCCGGUGGUUUGUCCUGAAAGCUAACCUGCUCUUCUACCAGGACCGUCCAGCUGAUCGACACCUUCUUGGUGUCAUCGUGUUGGAGGGGUGCACGGUUCAGAUGUUAGAUUCUGAUGGCCAUUUUCCCUUCUCCCUGGAGUUUGGAUCUGGACUCAAAACUUACAGGCUUGCCGCAGGAGAUGCUCAGACUCAGGGACGCUGGGUGAAAGCGCUGUUCCUGGCCAGCCACUGUUACCUCUCCUGCCUGGUGAGAGACCUUGGGAAGCACUAUGAAGAAGUUAAACAGCAACAAGAAUGUAGCGACUCCCUCUCGUCUUUCAGAUCCUUUAGUCCACCCACAAACAGCCUCAUGCUACCUACACUGGGACCAUCAACAGUGGUCAGGGAGGGCAGAAGCUUCAGUGCCAGUGCUGCUUUACCCCCACCCUCAAUACCAACUAAACUGGCAGCUAAAAAGUCCCCCAAAAAGUGGCCGAGGAGAAAUGCUCAUGUGACGCCACUCAACGGACCUGCACCUCCAUUUGGCGAAUGGUCUUUGGUGGGGUCCGAUCCACUCAUAGAGUUCAGGAAGCUUCAUGACUUUUACGGCCAGGAGGUUCGAAAGGCCAGAGAGGAGUGGCUGAAAAGUCAACAAACAGAGGAGGACCACCGUGAAAAAGAUCUCAUUGAUCUGGGCUGAAGAAAAAAAACAAAAAGGCCUGAAGGCUUUUUAAAGGGAACUGAGAUAAAGUUGUUCAUGUGCGUCAAACAGGAACUGAACCUUAACUGAAACAUUGUGAGUUAUACUGUAUUAAAUGUCAAAGUAUUUGAGGCUCAGACACCUGUUUGUGUUAAAUGUUUAACAGUUUGAAACAUUCUAUCUGUUUAUAACAAGGUGGGAUUUUUCUAAUUUGACUGAGAGAAAAUAAACACACAAAUGUUAAAAAUG